GCCGGUCGCCCACUUUCUUCGUUGACCGGCCGCUGCCAGCUUGUCGCCUCGCAAUUUUUACACCGUCGAGAAUCCGGGUGCCAGAUUGAGAGGGUUCCCCACUAGCUACCGCCACCGCCUUGGUUCUUGCUGCCAUCGAUUGUCCUGUCACCGCUUUCCUCGUUUGGACUUCUUCUUUGUCGUGUUCCCAUCCAGGUAACGUCAACCCAUUUGCUUCCGGGAUCCUGUCCUGAUCAUUGCCCCCUCUUAUGGAAAAAAGCACUUGCUUCCGUGUCCCCCAUUGGAUCUCCCAUUGAUUCGCUUCUGCGCGCGCCCCGACGCCCCUAAACGGAUUCGUCGCCAUGGCCGUAAUUGUCUCCAACAUCGCACCAUCCCAUAUCGGUGCUCCCCAUCCGACACCCACCCCUCUCCAAUUAGCAAUAUCAUCUUCCACCGAGUUUGCCACACCCAGAUCCCUCCAUGGGAUUGACAUCGUUACCGCUGCUACUGUUCUCACACCAUUGUCGAACCCUAUCAGCGACCCAACAGCCAGUUCUGAGUAUCGUCUGUCCACUAAACGCUCACACGAUGACAGCGAGGACGACGACUUUAGUGUUGGUCCUGAGUCAAAGCGACUCAAGCUUGAAGGUAAUGACGACUCUUUGUUCGUCCAUGCGUUUCAAAAUGCUGCAAUUAUCACAAAUGACGCUCAGUUCUUUGGCGUGGCCAUCGAUGAUACCCUAACUCCCACUUAUUAUUCACUGCCAUUCCAACCACCCUUACCCAUCUCUGCCAUUGCACCAGACUUCUUCUUUUCUAGCGAUAUUCCGCCAGAAACCAACGAGUUGCCGUUGUCUCCAGAGAGCUCUUUAGUUCCCGAGCAACAUGUGGCGACUGCCUUCCAAGGCGAGUCUGCGCCCGAGGUACCCGUCGCUGACGAUGAAGAUGCCGAAGGUGAAGUAGACGAUGAAUAUCCUAUCCUCUUUCGUGCGACGCCUUCGAUGCUGGGAUACAUCCCCAUCGCGCACAGAAGGACUGAGCCGCCUCUUUGGAAGUCCGCGUGUCAAGCGCGUGUUGAUCACAUUAAAGCCCUCUAUGGCAUCGAAGCCAUCCGGGCAACAGUUGACCGGGAAGCUCGGGAAGCAAAUGCUCAAUUGACUGCCGGAUCUCCCUCAUCUCCGUCCUCCGAGGCUUCGGCUUCUCCGUGUUCAUCUCCAACGACUCCUUCAGCAGAAUUGACAGUGCAUGACAUCACUGUCAUCCAUCUCGAGGAGGCUUCUCUUCCUGAAACCGAGGCUCUCAAAGUCGAAAUAUGCACUCCCUCGGAUUUCAGUAGUGUUGAACCAAAGAUAGAAAUGGAGUCCAAAGUGACAGACUCGGAAUUGGUUUUGGCUGACGAGGAUUCGAUAAUGGAUACCACCUUUGACUGGGAUGAGGACUCGGAUGAAGACGACGACUUUGACUUUGACCUGGAAUCCGAGGUUGACAUCGAUGACGCCAUGACGAGCCCACACGAGUCCCUCGUCUCUUUCCCUGAUAUACCCUAUACCUCGAAUCAAACUCGGACAUAUACUCCGAACUUGGCCCUUUCACUCCUCCAGUUACCCAGACUCUCAGAUAUACCCGUGUACCCGUUUUACGGAGGAUACCAGGAGAUGGAGCCCCAUGGAACCCCUGCUAGGAGACCCGACCACGCUGCUGGAUCGCUACUGCAUGCAUGACAGCGUUAAAUUCCCUUGCUAGAACUCGGAAUCGGAAGAAUAUCUUUCUCAUCGCUCUCCGUUCAAAUCGUCGAUUUUUACUCGACAAAUCUCUAUGCACUCAAUUUUACCUGUUGGUUUCGUUCAUAUUAUCAUUAUAUCCCUCAAUACCACCCAGGGCCUAUCGCCCUUAGCAGGAAUAACUGCGUAUACAAAGAUUCCCACAAAUUCGCUGUCGAUCUCCCCCCCAACUUAGUCGAGCACAGUUAGUUGUAUUAUUUGAUAUCCUCCCCUGGCAUCUCUUUCUCUCUCCCCUCUCCUCUCCUAUCGGUUAUUAAGUAGUCGUUAGCUUUUUUCGCUGCUGCAGAAUGUAUUUGUAUUGUUCACUUGUGUAUAUUGGAUUCGUCUGAGCUGCGUAUAUCGCGUGGCGUUUUUCGU